AUCCAAUCAGUGACGUCACGCGCUUCUUGAUCGGGAUGCGGUGAAAAAGUUGAUUACACAAACUAAUCAAAGAUUAUCUUUACUUAUUUAUUUCAAAUCGUUACAAGACUUUGCAGAUUUGUGACUGAAUAUAAGAUCAGUCUAACAUGGCUGCUGUGGAGAGAAGUGAUGAAGAGUUUGAGGAAGGAAUGGAACUAGAAGAAGGCGUUGAAGAGUAUGAUGACACAACCCAAUCGUCUUUACCUGCUGGUCAUGGUGACGAGCACGUUAGGGUGCCUCAAGAGGAAGUUGAUGGAGAGGAAGAUGCAGGGGAGAAGAAAGGAAAGAAGAGGAAGAAGAAAGAUGGGAGUGGAAAGAAGAAGAAAAAGAAAAAGAAGCAUCAUCAUGAUGAUGACGGUUCUGAUGAAGAGAAACAUAAGAAAAAGAAGAAAGAUAAGGCCAUGCUUGACCUGGGCACACCUCGUGAUAGACCUAGGCCUGGUCCCGAAACAUCAGAGGAUAUAGCCAGAAAGAAUGGUCUAGCAAAUAUUGAACUGGAGUACACUGAUGAAGACUUUGAGGCCCUGACAAACUACAAACUGUUCAGAGAGCAUAUCCAGCCUUUACUUGCAGAACAAAAUCCAAAGGUUCCCCAGGCAAAACUAGUCACACUUAUUGCUGCAAAAUGGAGAGAAUUUGCUGCUGCAGCUGGUCAGUACAAGAAAUCCAAGGUGGGACUUGUCAGUCCAACCACAGAGGCCCCGCCCACAGAGAAACUCACAGAGACCCCAACACCUGCUGUUAAACCAGAAUCUGAUGAAGAUACAGCAGAAGAUUACUACACUGAAGAAAAAGCGUCCACUGGUAAGAAGAAGCGAGGACGGAAACCAAAGAAUGUGGAACCGGAGGAGGUUGAGGAGGAGGAGCCAGUGGAGGAAGAAUACAUUGAGGAGAAACCAACAAAACGUCGACGAGCUACAAAAAAAUCAAAGAAAGCUCUUGAUGCUAUGGAUGGAACAAUGCUUUCAGAUGAGGAAUAUGAUGAUGAAGAAUUCGUAGAAGAAAAGCCGAAGAAGAAACGAGGACCAAAGAAAAAGAAAGGGGCAGAUUACGAUGAUGUCAUUGAAGAGGAGGAGGAUGAAGAAUCUUUUCAGGAGGGUAAAUCAUCUGGAAAGAAGAAAAGAGGCAAGAAAUCUGUGGCUCCUCUCAAAAUAAAACUGUCAACAAAGAAAAAGAGAAAGAAGAAGGGCAGCUCAGAUGAAGGAGAGGGUAACAAUACAAGUGACGAGGAGUUUGAGCGCCAGCUGGAGGAGGCAAGCAUGAUUGCCGAGCAGGAACGCGAGGAGAAACCUAAACGUCAGAAGAAAAGUGCCAAGGGGAAGAAAGGCAAGAAGAGGCUGAAGUUGGGAAGAUCAUUUGGUGGUGAUCCUGAUGCUGAUGGUUAUGAGACUGAUCACCAAGAUUAUUGUGAGGUUUGUCAACAAGGAGGGGAGAUUAUCCUGUGUGACACCUGUCCACGUGCUUACCAUCUUGUCUGUCUCGAGCCGGAGCUAGAGGAGGCACCAGAAGGAAAGUGGUCAUGUCCACAUUGUGAGAGUGAAGGUGCUGACACUAAAGAACAACAAGAACAAGAUGAUGACCAUAAUGAGUUUUGUCGUGUUUGUAAGGACGGUGGUGAAUUGAUGUGUUGUGACACUUGUCCUUCAUCAUACCAUCCACGCUGUCUUAAUCCACCUGUUAAAGCUGUUCCUGAUGGGCACUGGAUCUGUCCUAGGUGUUCUUGUCCACCAAUGAAGGGGAAGGUAGCAAAGGUAUUAACAUGGAGAUGGACGGAGCCACCAACACCACACAAAAAGAUGGAAGAAAUGGAUCAUACACAUGAACAUCAUCUAGAACCUCAGUCUACUUCCGAUCAUCGGGCAGAGAGAGAAUAUUUUGUACGUUUUCAUGGAUUGUCAAUGUGGCACUGUGACUGGGUGUCGGAGCUUCAGUUGGAUGUAUACCAGACGGCCUUGUUACGUAUGUACAUCAGGAAGAAUGAUAUGGAUGAACCCCCACCCCUAGAGGACGGUUCAAGUUGGGGCGGUAAAGACCGGAAGAAGAACGAGGAUGAUAAUCUGGAGGACCGGUUCUAUAAAUACGGUGUACGACCGGAAUGGCUGCAGAUAAAUAGAAUCAUAAACCAUAGAACGGAACGUGGAGUUACCUACUACCUGGUGAAAUGGCGAGAUUUGAACUACGAUAUGGCAACCUGGGAACCCGAGGAUAGUGAAGUACCAGAGUUUAAAACUUACGUGGAGUACUACGAUAAUCUCAGACGUAUUAUGUUUGGAGGGUAUGAGGAGAAGCGAAGCAAGCCGGGUAAGAAGGGAAAGAAACGUAAAGACGAUGAUGCUGCAGACUCUCCCCGACCUCCCGGUAUGCCCCCAUCGUAUCCGAUCACUGAUUUCAAGAAACAGCAUGCAGCUGACCCAGAUUACAUUCAGAGCACUGGCGGCACUUUGCAUCCCUAUCAGCUAGAGGGAUUGAACUGGUUACGGUAUUCCUGGGCUAACGGUACAGACACAAUUCUAGCUGAUGAGAUGGGUUUGGGUAAAACUAUACAGACAAUUUCCUUCCUGUCCUCUCUCUAUAAUGAGGGUCAUUGUAAAGGACCAUUCCUGGUGGGAGCACCUUUAUCUACCAUUAUCAACUGGGAGAGAGAGUUUGAGUUCUGGGCACCAAACUUGUACGUAGUGACCUACACUGGGGACAAAGAUUGCAGAGCUGUCAUAAGAGAACAUGAGUUUUCCUUUGAGGAGGGUGCUAUACGUGGAGGUACAAAAUCCUGGAAGAUGAAGCAGGGAAGUCAGGUGAAAUUCCACGUUCUCCUCACAUCAUACGAGUUGAUCAGUAUAGAUGCUGCGACACUAGGAUCUAUAGACUGGGCAGUGUUGGUGGUAGACGAGGCUCACAGACUGAAAAACAACCAGUCCAAGUUUUUCCGUAUCCUAAGUAACUACAAACUGGGUUACAAAUUGUUGUUGACUGGUACCCCACUACAGAAUAAUCUUGAGGAAUUGUUUCAUCUGCUCAAUUUUAUGUCUCCAGAUAUUUUCAGUGAUUUACAGACAUUCCAGAAUGAGUUUGCAGAUAUUGCUAAAGACGAUCAGGUUAGGAAGCUACAUGAUAUGUUAGGACCUCAUCUUCUACGUAGAUUGAAAGCUGAUGUGUUGAAGGGAAUGCCUAGCAAGAGUGAAUUUAUUGUACGUGUCGAGCUUAGUCCCAUGCAGAAGAAAUACUACAAGUACAUUUUGACAAGAAAUUUCAGUGCUUUAAAUAUAAGGGGAGGUAAUCAAGUAUCCCUUCUUAACAUCAUGAUGGACCUGAAGAAAUGCUGUAAUCACCCUUAUCUGUUCCCAACUGCUCAAUCAGAAGCGCCAAGAUUACCAAACAAUGCAUAUGAAGGUACAGCAUUAACAAAGGCAUCGGGAAAACUGACACUACUCUCUAAAAUGCUCCGUAAACUGAAGGAGGAUGGACAUAGAGUCCUGAUUUUCUCACAGAUGACAAAGAUGUUGGAUAUAUUAGAAGAUUUUUUGGAACAUGAAUCGUACAAGUAUGAACGUAUAGAUGGUGCUAUAACUGGCUCUAUGAGACAGGAUGCUAUAGACAGAUUUAAUGCACCAGGAGCAGAACAGUUUUGUUUCUUACUGUCAACAAGAUCUGGAGGUCUGGGAAUCAACCUGGCUACAGCUGAUACAGUUAUUAUCUAUGACUCAGACUGGAACCCACAUAAUGACAUUCAGGCAUUUAGCAGAGCUCACAGGAUAGGCCAGGCAAACCGAGUGUUGAUUUAUCGUUUUGUAACCAGAAACUCGGUAGAGGAACGUAUUACACAGGUAGCAAAGAAGAAAAUGAUGUUACAGCAUUUGGUUGUACGUCCUGGUGUCGGUAACAAAACAACCUCCAUGUCUAAACAAGAACUGGAUGAUAUCCUCAAGUUUGGAACAGAGGAACUGUUCAAGGAAGUUGAAGGUGAGGGAGAAGGAGAGGGUGAAGACAAGAGGAUUGUAUAUGAUGACGAGGCAAUUGCACAGUUACUGGACAGAUCCAAGGAAGGACAGGAGGAGAAGGAAGUGGCUAUGAAUGAUUAUUUCAGUUCCUUCAAGGUGGCCAGUUACGCGGUCAAGGAAGGAGAAUCUGAUGAUGAAGAGCCAGAAACGGAGGUAUUGAAGCAGGAGGCGGAGCAUGCUGACCCCGCCUACUGGGAGAAAUUAUUGCGACAUCACUAUGAACAGCAACAAGAAGAUCUGGCCCGAACUCUCGGGAAGGGUAAACGUGUAAGGAAGCAGGUGAACUACAACGAUGCAGCAAUGGGCAGCACGGCAGAUGAUGCAGCAUGGAAGGAAUCACUGUCAGACUAUGACUCAGACUUCAGUCAUAACGGUGAAAAUGAGGAUGAUGAUGAUGACGACUUCAAUGAACAGAAAGAAGGAAUGUCUUCACGUAACAAGAGGAAUGAGAGACGAGAGAGAGAUCGACCAUUACCUCCCCUGCUUGCUAGAGUUAAUGGACAGAUUGAGGUGUUGGGCUUCAAUGCUAGACAGAGGAAGGCCUUCCUCAAUGCUGUUAUGAGAUACGGUAUGCCACCACAAGAUGCUUUCAACUCACAAUGGUUAGUGAGAGACUUGAGAGGGAAGACAGAGAAAGUGUUCCGAGCUUAUGUAUCUCUGUUUAUGCGCCACCUGUGUGAACCAGGGGCAGAUAAUGCUGAAACUUUUGCUGAUGGUGUACCUAGGGAAGGUCUGUCUAGACAGCAUGUGCUAACUAGAAUUGGAAUAAUGUCUUUAGUCAGGAAAAAGGUGCAGGAAUUUGAAGCUAUUAAUGGUGAGAACAGUAUGCCAUACACCAAGGCUAUAGAAGCUGUGGAGAAACUGAAGAAAGAAAAAGAUACACCAGCAUCACCUGCAUCAAAAGACACUAGUGAAAAGGGGGCGGGAGAUAAGGUGGAGCCAAAGACAGAGAAAGGGGCAGAGUCUAAAGAGGAGGAGGGAGAUAAGAAAGUAGAGGAGGAGUCAAAAGAAGAAGGCAAGGGUGAGGAAGUGAAAGAAGAAAAAACAGAAGAAAACACUGAAGAAAAAAAGGAAGAAACAGAAAAAAUGGAAACUGAACCUUCUGAAAAGACAAAAGAUGAAGACAAGAAAGAAAAUGAAGAAGAAAAGAAAGAGGAAGAUGGAGAGAAAGAAGAGAAGAAGGAAGCCAUGGAAACUGAAACAACAGAAGAGAAAAAGGAAGAAACUGGAGAGAAAGCUGAAGCCAUGGAAACGGACGAGAAAAAAGAUGAAAGCAAUAAAGAAGAGAAGACAGAAGUUAAGGAAGAAGUUAAAGAAGAAGUGACAGAAGAGAAAAAGGAAGAACAAGGGGAAAAGGGUGCUGAAAAGAAGGAGAAAUCAGAGGACCAGAAAGAGGAGAAAAAAGAUGAAGAGAAGAAAGAAGAUGGUGAAGUGAAAGAGGAAGUUAAAGAAGAAAAGACCAAGGAUGGAGAGACGAAACCAGAGAAAGAAGGAGAGGUGGAGGAAGUGAAGAAGAAGGAAGAGACAAGUCAAAAGUUUAUGUUUAAUAUAGCUGAUGGAGGCUUUACUGAGCUUCAUACACUCUGGCAAAAUGAACAGAGAGCUCUUGUUAAGGGCCGUGAACAGGAAGUUUGGCACCGUCGUCAUGACUACUGGUUACUAGCUGGUCUUGUUACUCAUGGUUAUGGAAGAUGGCAGGAUAUACAGAAUGAUGCCAGGUUCCAGAUUAUAAAUGAGCCAUUCCUCUCAGAGCAGGGGAAAGGAAACUUCCUUGAGAUCAAGAAUAAAUUCUUAGCCAGGAGAUUUAAGUUGUUAGAACAAGCUCUAGUCAUUGAGGAGCAGUUGAGGAGAGCGGCAUACCUGAAUCUCACCCAGGAUCCGGUGCACCCUGCAAUGGCUCUCAACACACGGUUUGCUGAACUCGAAUGUCUCGCUGAAAGUCAUCAGCAUUUAUCCAAAGAAUCUCUGGCAGGCAAUAAACCUGCUAAUGCAGUGCUACACAAAGUGUUGAAUCAGUUAGAAGAAUUACUCAGUGAUAUGAAACAAGAUGUAAGUCGGUUACCUGCCACCCUGGCUAGAGUACCGCCAGUCAGUCAGAGACUCCAGAUGUCGGAGCGCAGCAUCCUUGGCCGCCUUGUGAACCCCGCACAACAAGCUGCAGCAGCAGCAGCCGCCGCCGCAGCCCCGACACCAAGCACUUCUGCUGGGCCAGCUAACAUGGUCCCAUCAACAUCAGGUCAGAAGUCAGCAGUACAAGUUACACCUAGUCCGACAACUCACAGAUCACCGGCUCCUACACCAGUUACAUUUGAACAAGGCGUUUUACCUCCUCCCCCUACAUUCUUUGGUCCGAUCCCCGGCCCGGGCGGGGAGGUACCAGCUUACUGGACAUCGCCAGAGGUUGCCCGAUCUCUUGGGCUUGAGAAAUUUGGCUUGCCAUCUGCAUCCUCGCAUCAAUAGGGCAAAUGGUCAGUAAUUGACAUAUGUGGAAAUGAUAAAACAGGAAAAGGUGAAAGCAAGAAGGAGGCUAUCUGUAUAGAAUGAUUGACAAGAGGAAGACAACAGUUCAUUCCCAUACAUCAGCUGUACAUAUUCUAGUAGAUAUAUCUGGGAACAUUUCAUCAUUUUACAUAGAGAGCUUUAUAAUAGGAAGUGACAAAUGAUGGAACAGCAGGCAUACUGCACCUGCUAUACUGUGUUAGGGUGCAGAGUUUCACAACAUUUGUUACGAAUAUAGACAGAUUGGGCAAUUUUAUAUCAAAUUAUGUGUGAAUUGAAUAGUUCUGCUUCGUGUGUUUGUAAAUUAUUUAUUUUGUAUGAAUAUUUGGGUACCUUUGUACAUACAUGUAAUUGUGUCUGGGGAUUCUGUUUUGACAAUUUGUUACAUUUAUUGAAUGAAAAUAUAUUAUGUUUGCAAUAGUUUCAGACCUAAAAAGCAUGCCAGACAAGUCACUUUUUCAGUCAUGGAUAUAUAGUAAUGCAGUGGAAUAGAAUGCCACAUACAUGUCUAUUUACCAACAUUUAUGAAUGGUUAAAUACUGUCUACAGUAUUUUUGUUUGAUAUUGAUACUGAACUUUUGUCAAGAUAGUUAGUACAGUUUUGGUAUAAGAGCAGUUAAUGGAAUUUCACUCUGUAUUUGCCCAGUUGUUUGAAUAGACAUUUUUGUAACAUUGAUAUCCAAGUGUAACAUAUGACAGCCAGAUGUAACAUACCACAGGAAAGUGUAACAUAUGAGAUCCAAAGUUGUUUAGAAUUGUUAUUGAAUGCUCAUAUUUUGAAUUCAUUGAAGGAUGCUCAUUUAUCAUAGUCAUGUUAGAAGGUUUAUGAAUAUCAUUGAUGUCCAUAAGGACCUAGAAAGUGUUUUCAUUUGUUAAAAACUUUUGUUUUAAAAUAGCAGAAUUUAGCAUUGAAUGCUUUUGUGACAGAUUAUUUAUUUUGUGAAGUAAUGUUAGUAACGAUCUUCAGAUUUCAUUCAUGACGUCAUUAAACGUUAGUCAGAAUCUACGAAACUCAUUAAAUAAAUUAGGCCAUGUUUAUCAUCACCAUAUGUCAGUUAUCACCAUCAGUUAAUUAUCUCUGUCUGUCAGUUAUCACCCCUGGCUAAUUAUCAACAUAUGUUAGACAUCACCAUCAAACAGUGGAUGUUUCAUAUGAACAUUAAUCACAAUGCUUAAAGCAUUCCAUAUACAUGUUUACCUGUUUGUUCUGUAGGCCAUUUUUGAAAUUAUGUAGAAGUAUCCUGUAUAACAGUUUCUGGUUAAUUUGAAUCUGUUUCUAUUCUUUAGAUACAAAUAAAUAUUCAGCAUAAACUUGCUAGGGUUCAGAUAACUCAAAUUAGUUUUAAUCUGUAACUGGCAGUUUUACUCCCUACAUAAAGUUGUUUAAAAAUCUAGUUUAAGUGGAUAAAAACACAUUGAAUUUUCUUAUAUUAAACGAUAACUUACAAAACAACAAUAGUAUUUUAGUCUUGUGACAUUCUGUACAAGGGUAUUUGUGCAGUAUAGGGCAGACCUUUUGAUCAAAUGCAUGCGAUAAUGUUUCUAUAUUGUUGGGUUGUAAACAAUUUUAUGACAUGUAUGGUAAAGUUUAAAGGUCAUUUGUUGUUAUAACUUUAGAAAUGCAAUAAAAAUAAAAUGUAAA